AUGGCUGCUGGAGACACAGCCCAUCUGAUGAGCUAUUUUAGAUACCAGAAACAUUCGGGAACGAUCCUAGCCCAUAUCGUGUUGAUGGCUAUAGCUUGGGUCGUUAUCCUCCCAGUAGGUGUUGUGUUUAGUGUAUCAAAGUCCCGACUCGCGUUGCCAACUCAGUUUGGUUUCUUGGUCGUCAAUGCUGUUGCCAUAUUAUGCGGCAUCAUAUACGGUAACCAAACUCCCGAUCUUUAUGAACACAAUGUGCAUACCAAGAUAGGAUGGGUGGCUACAUGGGUCAUGGUUGCGGAGGUUGUGAUGGGGCUACUUCUCGCAUACUCCAACGGCAAAGGCCAUGCGCGAGAUAACGCAUAUGAAAGAGUUGCCUUCCUUUCUGUUGAUACCAACUCAGGCAGAAAUGGCUCUUAUUCUCGGGAUACCAAUCGGCAAACUCGGUGGUCUGCAGACAGCGGUCAAGGCAGCGACGAGCACACGUAUUCCCCUCGUAGCGGAUGUAGUUCCUUUGAACACGACAGACGAGAGGUUGAGGACAUGGCGAUACCAAACCUCGAAGAAAGCAAUAAGCCUAGCUGUCAACGGCUAUCUCCAUUCGGGUCUCUCGACAGAUAUUUGACAGCUCGUGUUCCUCAGCUGACUUCGCAGCGUGUCCUCAGUGCAUUGAGUUUGAUCCACACUAUCGUUGAGAGGACGAUCCUGAUCCUUGGAUUCUUCGCCCUUACGUCGGGUGCUGUCGUUUAUACUGGAAUUUUCCGCGGACGACAAAUCUUCAACGGACUGGCGCAUUUCAUCAAAGGUGGGAUUUUCAUGUGGUAUGGAUUCUUGACUCUAGGCCGGUGGCUUGGUUGCUUUGCAGACUUCGGAUGGGCGUGGAAUGUGAAGCCAUCACGUGCCAUCGUAGGGGGUUGGAAGUCAAGAAUACCAACCGCAGAAUUCACAGAAUCGUUUGUUAUUUUCUUAUAUGGAGCCAGCAACAUGUUUUUGGAGCAUCUUGGUGGGUGGGGAGGGCCAUGGACGGCUCACGAUCUUGAACAUGUCUCAAUAACCAUCAUGUUUUUUGGCGGCGGCUUGUGUGGAAUGUUGGCUGAAUCUCGUCGAGUUCGUGACUGGAUAAACCAGACUGCUUUGGGACCACCUCCAAUUGCUCUCGACAAAGAAUACCCGUCAGGUGCGGACGAAUGGCGGCCGCCGAGGUCCCAAGGAGUAUCCCUCAACCCUAUGCCUGCAACAAUAAUCUUGUUGUUGGGUUUAAUGAUGAGUUCCCACCACCAACAUAGUAUGGUGUCGACUAUGGUUCACACGCAGUGGGGGAUGCUCCUAGUGGGGUUCUCAUUAGCACGCGCUGUCACAUAUAUUCUGCUCUAUAUCAACCCACCAAGCUCGAUUCUUCCUUCCCGGCCACCCUCAGAGUUGGUCGCCUCAUUCUGUCUUAUAUCAGGCGGACUUGUUUUCAUGCUAAGUACCGCGGAUAUUGUCGCAGCCAUGGAGUAUUAUGAAAUCAAUGCAAUGAUUGUCUUCACAGUUGGGAUGGGAGUCACAGCGCUUUCCAUGGCCUGGGAGAUUGUUGUCAUAUCUCUAAAGGCAUGGGCAACCAAAACUUCGGCUUCCACAUCACUGAUGCGGGAUGGUUUCAAGUUCCCCGAAUAA